UUACGCCAUCAAUAUUGGUUAGAUAUUAGAAUGAGGAGUAGCUAGCUAGUAACGUGAUAGAUAUAUGUGAUAGAUAUUACAUAAAGUUAAAGUGUGGUACCGAACAUAUAUUUAUUAGCUAGCUAAUUGAAAAUAUAUUAAGCCAAAAGUGGAUACACACACACAUAAAAAUAAAAGAUGGAGGUCACUAAAGUUCUUCACAUGAAUAAAGGAAUGGGAGAUGCUAGCUAUGCCAAAAAUUCUCUGCUUCAGCAAAAGGUGAUCCUCAUGACGAAAUCAAUAACAGAUGAAGCCAUAUCUUCUCUCUACAACAACCUUUCCUCAAGAGAAACGAUAUGCAUUGCGGAUUUAGGUUGUUCUUCUGGACCAAACACUUUUUUGUCAGUCUCUCAAUUCAUUCAAACUAUUGAUAAAGAAAGAAAAAAGAAGGGACGUCAUAAGUCGCCGGAAUUUCAUGUUUUCUUGAAUGAUCUUCCUAGCAAUGAUUUUAAUACCAUUUUUCAAUUGCUACCAACAUUCCAUCAAAGUUUGAGGAAGCAAAAUAUGGGAGAAGAUGGAUUAUUAUUUGAUCCUUCAAAUUGCUUUGUGACAGGAGUUGCUGGUUCAUUUUAUACUAGACUUUUUCCUUCCAAUAGCCUACACUUUGUCCACUCCUCUUAUAGUCUUCAUUGGCUUUCUCAAGUUCCCGAUGGAAUAAAGAAUAAUAAGGGAAAUAUCUAUCUAACAAGUACAAGCCCAACAAGUGUUCAUAAAGCAUAUUAUGAGCAAUUUGAGAGAGAUUUUGUAACAUUUCUAAAGUAUCGCUCAGAAGAAUUGAUGAAAAAUGGGCGUAUGGUAUUGACCAUGUUGGGUAGAAAAAAUGAAGAUCGCUUCAGCCAAGGGUGUUCCUAUGAGUGGGAACUUCUGGCUACGACGCUCAAGCUUCUGAUUGCACAGCAAAAGGUGAUCCUCAUGACGAAAUCAAUAACAGAUGAAGCCAUAUCUUCUCUCUACAACAACCUUUCCUCAAGAGAAACGAUACGCAUUGCGGAUUUAGGUUGUUCCUCUGGACCAAACACUUUUUUGGCAGUCUCUCAAUUCAUUCAAACUAUUGAUAAAGAAAGAAAAAAGAAGGGACGUCAUAAGUCGCCGGAAUUUCAUGUUUUCUUGAAUGAUCUUCCUAGCAAUGAUUUUAAUACCAUUUUUCAAUUGCUACCAACAUUCCAUCAAAGUUUGAGGAAGCAAAAUAUGGGAGAAGAUGGAUUAUUAUUUGAUCCUUCAAAUUGCUUUGUGACAGGAGUUGCUGGUUCAUUUUAUACUAGACUUUUUCCUUCCAAUAGCCUACACUUUGUCCACUCCUCUUAUAGUCUUCAUUGGCUUUCUCAAGUUCCCGAUGGAAUAAAGAAUAAUAAGGGAAAUAUCUAUCUAACAAGUACAAGCCCAACAAGUGUUCAUAAAGCAUAUUAUGAGCAAUUUGAGAGAGAUUUUGUAACAUUUCUAAAGUAUCGCUCAGAAGAAUUGAUGAAAAAUGGGCGUAUGGUAUUGACCAUGUUGGGUAGAAAAAAUGAAGAUCGCUUCAGCCAAGGGUGUUCCUAUGAGUGGGAACUUCUGGCUACGACGCUCAAGCUUCUGAUUGCACAGGAAUCAAUAGAUGAAGAAAAAGUGAAUUCAUUCAAUAUUCCUUUAUACAAUCCAUCUCCAUCAGAAGUGAUGUAUAUAGUUGAAAAGGAGAGAUUUUUCACCAUUGAUAUCUUGAAAACUUCAGAAAUUCAAAGGAAUUCUUGUGAUGAUGAGAAAUACGAUAUGGCAAAAAGCUUUAGAUCUGUGGCUGAACCUUUACUAGUUAGCCAUUUUGGCCAUGAUGAAUUGAAUAUGGAUCAAGUUAUCCACAAGUAUAACCAAGUAAUUGCCAACGAUCGCAAGGCGAUGGAAAAAAUUAUGUUCGUAAAUGUCACUGUUUCGUUGACCAAUAUAAAUUAGCUAGGGCAUGCAAUUCAUGCAUCGUCACGAACCCUGGCCCUAGUAAUAUAUAUCCCGACCCUUGUGAUAUUGUAAUAAUAAUCUUAUAUCUCAUAGAGAAUUAUGA